CGGAAUGUACGUCACUUCCUAGAGUUAUAUCUGUGGCCAGCAGCGGUAGUUACCUACAGCGUAAACACCAAAGAUAUCGUUACCGUGCUACCUUACAAUGUGCGUGGGUGGAAACCGCCAGGGGCCUGUUUCAUGUGAACUCUCAGUCUGAAAGGUGCCACAGCUCUAGCGCUCACCUAACGCGUCGGCGUUGGCGGAGACAGGAAAAACGUGCACUCGCUAGCCGCUUCGGGUUAAUUGGCUAACUAUUGUUAGCUAGCCGGGGUGCAGUUGGUGUCGCUGUAGGUUGUUUUUAUCUCUCCCCCCUCCUCGCAAGAGUCCGGAUCCUGGUAGCGCUGGUGCUGUUCUUGAUCAUAGAGCCGUGAAGCUGAUGGAGUGCCCUCAUCUGAGCUCUAACGUAGGCUGUGCCACCGAUUCCUCCAGGUUCCCUAACGGUACCCCGUCCUCCUGGUGCUGUAAUGUUUGCAGGUCGAAUAAAAGCCCGUGGGUUUGCCUUACCUGUAUGAUGGUUCACUGUGGGCGAUAUGUCAACGGGCAUGCUAAGAAACACUUUGAAGAGAACCAAGGCCCCGGUAUUUGUCAAAGGAAGAGUGAAAAACAGGAGAAGGAUAAAACCCAUCAUUCUGUCUGCAUGGACUGCAGCAACUUCAGUGUAUUUUGUUACAGAUGUGAUGACUUUGUUGUCAAUGACACCAAACAUGGGCAUGUGCAGAAGGUGAGAGAACAUCUGCAGAGUUUGGAAAAUUCGUUGAUUUUGGGGGACAGACAGAGGAAGAGAAAACUUCUAGAAAUCCCAGCUGCAGAUGGAAAGCUGUUAAAAGACAAUGAAGGAGUGGCUGUGGGGGCGACUGGUCUGCGCAACUUGGGCAACACGUGCUUCAUGAAUGCCAUCCUGCAGUCUCUCAGCAACAUCGAGCAGUUCAGCUGUUAUUUCAAGGAGCUGCCCGCUGUAGCCCUGCGCAGCGGCAAGACGGCAGGAAGAAGGAUGUACCACACCCGCAGCCAGGGGGACAACAGUGUCUCCUUGGUGGAGGAAUUCAGGAAAACUCUUUGUUCCCUGUGGCAAGGAAGCCAGACCGCCUUUAGUCCCGACUCCUUAUUUUACGCCAUAUGGAAAAUCAUGCCCAGUUUCAGGGGCUAUCAGCAGCAGGAUGCUCAUGAAUUCAUGCGUUACCUGUUGGACCACCUCCACAGGGAGCUCCAAUACAGUCGCAACGGGGCGUCUUACCCCGUCUCGCCUCAGGAUGGCGUCAGACUCUCCACCACAGACAGUAAAUGCUGCAUAAACGGGACUUCCAGCGUCGUCACGUCUAUCUUCGGCGGUAUACUUCAGAAUGAAGUUAACUGCCUGAUAUGUGGGACCGAAUCGCGAAAGUUUGACCCGUUUCUUGAUCUGUCUUUGGACAUUCCCAGUCAGUUCAGACAAAAGAGAAGUAAGGACCAGGAGCCAGGUCCUACCUGCACUUUACGUGACUGCUUACGUAGCUUCACUGACCUCGAAGAACUUGAUGAAACAGAGCUAUAUUACUGCCACAAGUGUAAAAAGCGACAGAAAUCGACGAAGAAGUUUUGGAUCCAGAAGCUGCCAAAGGUCUUGUGCCUGCACCUCAAACGGUUCCACUGGACUGCCUUUCUGAGAAACAAGGUGGACACUUAUGUGGAGUUUCCACUGAAAGGCCUGGACAUGAGGGGCUUCCUACUGGAGCCUGAGAACACGUUACCAGGAAGUUGCGUGUAUGACCUCGCUGCUGUCGUGGUGCAUCAUGGAUCUGGGGUUGGAUCGGGGCAUUACACGGCAUACGGCAGCCACGAGGGCCACUGGUACCACUUCAACGACAGCACAGUGACUCUGACCAAUGAGGACACGGUGAAGAAAGCCAAGGCCUACAUCCUCUUUUACGUUGAGAGGACUGGUCAAGGGGCUGUAGACACGACCCCCACUGACCACAGCGCCACAAAUCAGCCCGAUGCGGGCACGGCAGCCACGGACUGCGCUGCGGCAGGCGUGGUUUCUGGGGGCGAGGUCGCAGAGGCGUCUGUGAUGGACGCCGCAGCAACGCAGACAAACGUCCUGGACGAGAAGGCGGCAGACACGCAGACCGCGCCGGAGGAGGCCGCAGCCGACAGAGACGCCUCGGAGCAGACCGGGACGGAGGAAGCUCGCCACCCUAUACCAGCCGCUGCGCCAUGAUUCAGGCGGCCAUGACCCGCUGCCUCAGAUUUAGCUUUCCUUCCAUUUUGGUUUCACCUCAACGUCACAGUGCUCGACUGUCCGUAGAGUUUAUCCUCCCCCGUUCAUCACGCCCGUUUCUUGAGUUGAUGACGUGUUUGAAAUAUUCAUGUUUGACUUGCUGCUUUUUUGUAUGUUUUUAAGUGUUUUUGAAUUUAGUUUUGUUUCUGUUUCUUUUAUAAUUUGUAACCUUGUCAUAGACUUUUCUGUGUAUGUAAUAGAUUCCAAAGGUUAUUGUUUAUAAUAAUGAAGUAAAGCUUGAACCUUGGGAAACCUCAGGCGGUCCAGCGUUCAGUAGAAACUGUAUCACCGCAGUGUCAUUGUGAAUAUAUCGCACUGUUCUGUUGUUUCCUUUUUUUUUUUUUUGAAGUUUCUAAUUUUGUAUUUUCCAACACUUUAAAUCAAGUUGCUCUCUUUUUCCAGGUGUCGGUGGGUAUUUAGUGUUUAUACUGCCAUGUAUUUGAAUUGGAGUGUUUUAAUCGGGCUUUUAGUUUGUAUUUCCCUUCUUCUUCACCACCAGCCGUAUAAAAGAUGUGAUCCUUUUGUUUUGUCAGUAUUGGUGGUGGAGAAUCAUUUUAACGUUUACGUUGCUCUAAAUGAUCAGUCACAGGACCUAAUGAAAUUCACCGUUAAAUAUGUAUCGGCUAGUGCUGCCAUGACUGAAUGCAAUGAAAAUGUUCAUUCAUACA